UCUCCUGUUCGCUUCUCUCUCUCUCCCUUCCUCUCGUCCUUCCAUCGCCCCAAAAGAGAGAAGCGGAAACCCUAGCUUUGGCUGCUGAAUGGCGAACAGCAAUCUUCCUCGCCGAAUCAUCAAGGAAACGCAGCGCCUCCUCAGCGAACCAGGGCGGUGGAUUCUUGGGGUUUUUUCUUGGGGAUUCAUUUAUUGAGAUAGGGGUUUGGUUAAUUCUUGCGAUGAUCUGUUGCAGCUCCCGGCAUAAGUGCCUCUCCGUCAGAGGACAAUAUGCGCUAUUUUAAUGUAAUGAUUCUUGGACCGGAGCAAUCUCCAUACGAAGGAGGAGUUUUCAAGCUUGAAUUGUUCUUGCCUGAAGAGUAUCCGAUGGCUGCCCCAAAGGUUCGCUUUCUUACCAAGAUUUACCAUCCUAACAUUGACAAGCUUGGAAGAAUAUGCCUUGAUAUUCUUAAGGACAAAUGGAGUCCAGCUCUCCAGAUUCGAACUGUAUUGUUAAGUAUUCAAGCACUUUUGAGUGCUCCAAACCCAGAUGACCCACUUUCUGACAACAUUGCAAAGCAUUGGAAGACAAAUGAAGCUGAAGCUGUAGAAACAGCGAAGGAAUGGACCCGUCUGUAUGCCAGUGGGGCAUGACAACAUUCCAGCAGCAGUUUGCUUGUUAUAACUCGUCUACUUUGGAAGUCAAUUCAGCAAUUGCUUGCUUGUAACAAUGAAAUGGAAGUGUUGAUGUGCUAGCUAUCAGAAAUUAAUCUUUCAAGCUGCUGUUAUAUUAUAUGAUGUAAGUCACAUUGUCGGGAUGAAGGCGCCUUUCAUGUAUCAGUAGUCGAAAUUUGCUGUUUUCAGUCUCUCUCUUGCUAUCAAAUUCAGUUUCAUAAUAAUAUUAGGUUCAUAAUAAUACAGGCAUAUUUUUACCAUUUUCAUAUUUAAAAUAGCAGAUAUCGGAA